CAAUUAACCAAACAUCAAAGUUCAAAACAAGCUUCAGUAAUUUUAAACAAAAACAAUUGUUUAAAUGAAGAUUAAGAGACACCCCGUUAACAUGAGCCAUGUGUCAUGGGCUGUUUAUAAAAAAGCCCAUAUUCUCAAAAGCCCACUAAUGUUCUUCAUCAACCAACAGAACACGAACGAUGAUUCUCCGAGAAAAAGAAAAGAAACCCUAAGAAAAACCCUUUGCCAUGGUGGUUGGUCUAAGAGAGUUCGCGCUCAGAACCGGAGACGGCUCACCAGCUCUAGACGAAUCCAACGGCGAGGAGCUUAUGCACGUGGAGCCCUCCGUCGCCGUCGCUCUCGGUAACCGCUCCCUCGAGUCUCCCGGAACUCUCUACAUCACUUCCAGGAAAUUGAUUUGGCUGAGUGAUGCUGACGUGGCGAAAGGCUACGCCGUUGAUUUCUUGUCGAUAUCGCUUCACGCGGUUUCUAGAGAUCCAGAGACUUAUUCAUCUCCUUGUAUUUAUACUCAGAUUGACGUUGUAGAAGAAGAGGAUGAAGAUGAUGAGGAUGAUGAUACAGAGUCCACUGGAGUUUUGGACUUAUCGAAGAUCAGAGAGAUGAGGCUUGUUCCUACAGACUCUACUCAGUUGGAUACUCUGUUUGAUGUGUUCUGUGAGUGUGCUGAGCUCAAUCCAGAACCAGUUGAAGAAGAAGAAGAAGAAAGUGGACAUAACUGGGUGUUUAGUGCUGAUCAGAUGGUUGUUGGUGGUGGAGGGGAAGAAGAUGCAGAAUGGCAAAUAUCUCAGAGCCCGACGAGUGUAAUUGGUCACUCUAAUGGUGAUGAAAGUAUUGCUCAACCUAUGCUCGAGCUUCAGAUCAAUGAUCAGAGGUUUGAUGAUGCUGAAGAGAUGGUUCAUGAAAGCGAGGCCAAAGAUCACUAAUUUGUUAGCAAAUGUACUGUAGAAACAGAGUUGUUUCGUAUGUUAAAACAAAGUUGUAUCUGUGUUCUUGAAAGUUCAUUUGUGCUUUGUUAAAUAUGCGUUAAGAACUUAAGACUUAGAAAGUUAGAAGAUAGGUUUUGCUCAUCUUGGUAACUCUCUCAUUGAUUCA